GUCCUCAUCCUUCUUUUCUUGAGAAAUGGCUUCCAAAUCUACUUUUCUUGCAUUAGGUGUGAUUUUGGCUGUUUUUCUGCUUAUCUCUUCUGAGGCGGCAGCUAGAGAGCUAGCUGAAGACACCAAGAAAGAGAACACAAAGGUAGAGACUGGUGGCGGGAACCAGCAUCAGGGCGGAGGGUACACGGGACCCAGAGAAACCCUAUAUUGCUUAGAUAGUUGCUGCAGCGAAGGCCCCGGUGGUUGCCAACGGUGCUGCUCGGGUGGCGGCGUGGUUCAAUCCGAGCCACACAACUAAAAUACGUGUAUGGCCAUGGUAGUUGUAGCCAUAUGUACGUACUGUCUAGAUAAGGCGAAAUGCAUUUAGAAGCUGGAAUAUAAAGUAUAUGUGUGCUUCGAGGCACAUGUAUUUUGAAUACUGUAUUCGAUAGUUAUACUGUUUGUGGUGUGUAAUACUGUUAUGGUUCGUUU